AUAAGAGUGUGACGCGGCGGAUGAAAGUGCCACUAUGGAUAUGGGUUUGUUGCACUGGUGUCUGAGCUGCGCGCUGGCCGGGCUGGCGCUGACGGCCGCGCCCGCCGCAGCCACCGCAGAGAUCAUGAGCCACGUCACCGCGCACUUCGGACAGACCUUAGAGGAAUGUCGAGAGGAGUCGGGGCUAACGAUGGACAUGAUGGAGGCGUUCGCGCAUUACUGGAGCGAGGACUUUGGUAAGGCGACGGUGCAACGAGAGUUCGGCUGCGCCCUCAUCUGCAUGUCGCACAAGUUUUCGCUGCUGCAGGACGAUGUGCGACUGCACCACCUCAACAUGGACGACUACAUACGCAGUUUCCCAAACGGUGAGUUGUUGUCGACCAAGAUGGUGAGUAUGAUUCACGAGUGCGAGCGGCAGUACGACUCCGUGGAGGACGACUGCGACCGUAUCGUGGACGUCUCCUUGUGCUUCCGGAGCGCCGCCCAGCGCGAGGGCAUCGCGCCCAACCUCGCCAUGGUGGAGGCCGCGCUCGAGCAGUAUACGUAGAGCACUCGCAAAACGUACAGCAACAUUUUAGUUGACAUUUCUAUCCCGAAUACAAAAAUUUAGUAGGUAAUAAACGUUUUUUGGAUUAGCUGUUAUUUUAGUUAUUUGAAACAGCAACACAACAUGCCGGGUAUGGUUUUAAUCAAUGGUCGCUAAGUUGUCGUACCUGGCGAUGGUGUGCAGGUGCGCGCUGGUGGCCAGCUUGACGAGCGGGCGGUGCGGGGGGCGACUGGGGCGCGAGGGCGGACUGUACGUGUACUCCCCCGCCUGCGCAUCACCCGAGCCCACUCCAGCGCCCGUCAGCCACGACCAGUGCUCAGCCAUGCUCACCCAGAACACAGCACACGGCACGCUCCAAGCACUAGCACCUUCACUGUCCUUUCUCAAUGUACACUUCACUCACUUCUAUCGAUGACACAAUUCAUAGAAUAAAUGAUUUAACUAAUCUGUUCGCGUUCUAUUUAUUGUCAUUUCAAACAUUUUGUAUCACUUCACUGAUAAUCAGAUUAUUUAUUAAUUAUUACAAAGUAUUUAGUCUAAAAGACAGAAAGUUGGCAACCGACCCCGGGUUUCGCACUGAUGGCAGAGAAAUACACGUUUUGAGAUCUACAAUUCUGUCAUACGUAGUAUUAUACAUAUACAUAACUGUAACAGCUAACAGUUUAGCUCACGUAAGAUAAAAAGGCAUUUAAAGAAUUGAAAAAUACGCUGCUGCUUUAUUCAUUUAUACUAAACUUGAGUUAUAAUGAAAUAUAUACACAA